UUCGCUCUCUCCUCGCCGGCGCCUCUGAAAUUCUUCAACUUCCGAAGCUGCUUCUGUCACCAUUCGACACCAGAUGUUGCUUCUGAAACAAAGCUCAGCUGCUGUUCUUGUCGUUGGGAAUACAACUCCAGUCCUCCACACUUCUCGUUUCACCUACAGAGUUGGACCUUUUCCAGUGAGCAGAACGCAGUCGUUCCAGAGUUUGACUAUGGCAAAUUUGCAGAAGCUUUCCACUUCUUCAUCUGGGAAAUUGAAUACGGCUUCAGCGGUGUCCUGUAGCUCUCAUGAGGCUUCUCCUAUCAGUGAGAAUAACGAGAAUAAACAUGUCCAUGGAGUUUCUGAGACAAUUGUCGGAGUUCUUGGGGGUGGACAAUUGGGUCGUAUGCUUUGCCAAGCUGCUUCCCAAAUGGCUAUCAAAGUGAUGAUUUUAGAUCCUUCAGAAAAUUGUUCAGCAAGUGCAUUGUCGUACGGUCACAUGGUAGAUAGCUUUGACGACAGUGCUACAGUUGAAGAAUUUGCAAAAAGAUGUGGAGUCUUGACUGUAGAAAUUGAACAUGUUGACGUGGAAACAUUAGAGAAGCUUGAGAAACAAGGAGUGGAUUGCCAACCGAAAGCUUCUACUAUCAGGAUAAUACAGGAUAAAUACAUGCAAAAAGUUCAUUUCUCUCAGCAUGGCAUCCCACUUCCAGAGUUUAUGGAGAUAGACGAUAUUGAAGGAGCAAGAAGAGCAGGUGAACUUUUUGGUUACCCUCUUAUGAUCAAGAGCAAACGAUUGGCUUAUGAUGGACGUGGAAAUGCAGUUGCCAACAACCAAGAUGGGCUUUCUUCUGCUGUAACGGCUCUUGGAGGUUUCAGUCGUGGUUUGUAUGUUGAGAAAUGGGCUCCUUUUGUCAAGGAGUUAGCUGUUAUUGUGGCUAGGGGAAGAGAUGGUUCUAUGGUUUGUUACCCUGUUGUUGAAACCAUUCACAGGGAUAACAUAUGCCAUAUAGUUAAAGCACCUGCAGAUUUACCUUGGAAGAUCAACAAACUUGCCACCGAUGUUGCCCAAAAGGCUGUCGGUUCUUUAGAAGGCGCUGGUGUUUUUGCAGUUGAGCUGUUCUUGACAGAGGAUAGUCAGAUCCUGCUAAACGAAGUUGCACCUAGACCACACAACAGUGGCCAUCAAACGAUCGAGUGCUGUUAUACUUCACAGUUUGAACAACACUUGCGAGCUGUGGUUGGUCUUCCACUCGGUGAUCCGUCAAUGAGAACUCCGGCGUCCAUUAUGUACAAUAUUCUGGGAGAAGAUGAUGGAGAAGCUGGUUUCAAAUUGGCUCAUCGGCUUAUUGCAAGGGCACUGUGUAUUCCAGGUGCAUCUGUUCAUUGGUAUGACAAGCCAGAAAUGAGAAAGCAGAGGAAGAUGGGUCACAUCACUCUUGUUGGGCAGUCUAUGGGUGUUUUGGAACAAAGAUUACAUUGUAUAUUAAGUGAGCAAAGCCACCAAGUACACGAGACACCUCGUGUUGGUAUCAUCAUGGGUUCAGACACGGAUCUUCCUGUUAUGAAGGAUGCUGCCAAGAUUCUGGACCUGUUUGGUGUGACACAUGAGGUAAGGAUAGUUUCUGCUCAUCGCACCCCGGAGAUGAUGUUUACAUAUGCAACCUCAGCUCAUAGUCGAGGUGUUCAAGUCAUCAUUGCAGGUGCUGGUGGUGCUGCUCACUUACCAGGUAUGGUUGCUUCACUCACUCCUUUGCCUGUGAUUGGUGUCCCUGUCCGUGCUACCCGUUUGGAUGGAGUUGAUUCACUUCUUUCCAUCGUUCAGAUGCCCAGGGGUGUUCCUGUUGCGACAGUUGCAAUAAACAAUGCGACCAACGCAGCUUUGCUUGCAGUCCGGAUGUUGGGAAUCUCUGAUACUGAUCUUGUCUCAAGGAUGAGGCAGUACCAGGAAGACAUGAGAGAUGAGAACCUGGUUAAAGGAGAGAAACUUGAGACAGAAGGUUGGGAAUCAUAUUUGAACCAGUGAGAGUGUUACUGGUCAGAGCCCUCACUGGGAUAUGGGAGUGAACCAUCACGAUUGAUUUUGCUGCAACGAAGAUCUUAAAGAGUGAUCUGAGAGUUAGCCUCAAUUCUUGAGUUAGUUUGUUGUUGUUGUAAUUGUCAUUGCCAUCCGCUUUAGGUUUAAAGCAUAAUUAAUUGGGAGUCAAUGU